AUGGCGGCAUCUUCUACAUUGAGACUCUCCUCUUUGCGGGCUUCCCUCCCUUCUAUUACAGCGUCUCCUUCGGGCCCCACCGCGUAUUUCCCGAAUAGGAAGCGCCCUUCCGGGCUCCGGCUCUCCAAGCCCAAAUCCGGCCCGAAACCUCUCAAUUCUUUUGCGGGUCUCGCUCCUUUGAACCUGAUUUCAUCAUUUGUAUCUCAAGAUUUGACCAGAUACGAGCACAGCUUCCCCAUGUUCGGCAACGGGUCCCGAUUUUUCAACAUGAGGCACGGUAGAAAGGUCCCUAAACUCAACAGGCCUCCCGACCAGAGGCGGGCCCUCUUACGUGGCCUCACGACUCAACUCCUCAAGCACGGGCGCAUAAAGACCACGAGAGCUCGAGCGAGCGCCAUGCGCAAAUAUGUCGACAAAAUGAUCACGAUGGCCAAGGAUGGCACUCUGCACAAGAGAAGGCAAGCCCUUGGGUUUAUUUACGAGAAACAAAUAGUUCACGCUCUGUUUGCCGAGGUACAGGAGAGGUACGGGGAGAGGGAAGGAGGGUAUACGAGGAUUAUAAGAACUUUGCCGAGAAGAGGGGAUAAUGCGCCUAUGGCUUACAUUGAGCUCGUGUGA